AUGUUUCAUAAGAAUCCAGUUUACCAAAACCCCCGAGACGCAUAUUUGCCCCAUAAUAGUACUCGAGAAGCAAUGAUUAUCCCAAGUCAACAGCUUCCUCCGCCACCGGCUCACCAGCUGCUCCAUGAUCGACUGCAGAGCAUCAACUCCCAAUUUCAGCACCUGCAGCACCCGCAGCAUCCACCUCAUUUGCCUUCACUCCGCCUCCAUGAAGGCCAGUAUUCCGAAACAGGCCUCCAGCAGAGUCAAAUGGCCCAGGGACAGCCUUCGCCUCGACAUCAGGUGUUUCCUUAUGGACAACCUGAAAUACCGCCUGCAGGCAUGAUGGUCCCGCCUCCACCAAUGGCGCAGCCUAUAUCUUACCAGGCAAUGCCCACUCAUCAUAAUCCCCACGUGCUGGCAAUUCAUGAAGUUCACCACGACAACGGCUCUCACUUGUCGACGAGAAGAGGUCCGUGGUCGCCUUUGGAAGAUAAGAAAUUGCUAGACUUGAUCACACUCUAUGGACCAACCAAUUGGGUCAGGAUCUCCAAUAGUCUCGAAACACGGACUCCCAAGCAAUGCAGAGAACGAUACCACCAGAAUUUGAAGCCAAGUUUGAACCGGGCACCAAUUUCACCAGAAGAAGGCGACUUGAUUGAGAAAUUGGUGGCGCAGCAUGGCAAGAAAUGGGCAGAAAUCUCGCGCCACCUUAAUGGGAGGUCAGACAAUGCCAUCAAGAACUGGUGGAACGGUGGUGCAAACAGAAGGCGCAGAGCAAGCAUAGUUUCAGUUGGCAACAGUCACCAGGAUGGCGACAAAUGGAGCAACAAUGAAUUAAAGAGAAAGUCCACCGAUGGCGAUGAGUUUGCCAGUCACCGAGGCAAAUCUACUUCGACGUUACCACCACCACCUCAACCAUUGGCAUCACAAUUGCCAAGUGUAAACACAAUUCCGCAUCCGCAUCCUCAUGCUCAUGCUCAUGCUCAUGCUCAUGCUAAUCCUAAUCCUAAUCCUAAUCCUCACCCGCUUCCUCACCAAUUGACCCAAGUCUCCAAUGCGCCACACUUGCCCCAGAUUUCAUUCAAUACUUCGAUGUUUGGUAAGAAAAACAAUUCUGAAAAACCCACAAUUCCAAGCAUCAGCGACUCGUUGAAGCCGACUACGCCACCACCCGUCAUAAUCAAUGGCCAGCUACCAUGGAAACCAUUGGGUUCAAGAUCAGCCAGCUUUGAUCUAAACUCGGCCACAUUACCACCUAUAAUACAAAGCAACAAGAGAAGAUUGAUUGAUGACCAGUUCAAUCGCCGCCACUCCAGUGCCACUUCGAUGUUGAUUCAAGCGCAUUCAAACGGCUCGCAUCUCAACUUGCAGCAUUCAUAUCCAUCCUUGCCCAAUUUCCAACCUGUGAGCGGCAACGUGUCCCCAUCUUACCAUGGUUCCCCUUUGAUGAUGAACUCGGUGGUUUCGAGAAACAACUCCGAUAGCCACUUUGAGUUGAUGAACAAUUCAACCAAUGCAUCCUCGCGCAGAUCGAGCUUGAUUGCACCAGAGUAUUUCCCGAAUGCGUUUGGUAAAAAUGCCGACUCGCAGCUACACAAGAGACACAUUUCGCAGAAUUCCUCCUUUAAUUCUCCACAAUUGACUCCACUGACUAGAUUCUCGGUUUGCUCUGCCAACUCGAUAUUGAAUCCUUCAUCGUUGAGCAAUGCUUCCGUCACCAUGUCAUCUUAUAAGAAUGAACAUUCGACAAGCAGCACUUCUAUCCAUCGAGCUGUUGAAGAAGAGGACUACGAUGAAGAAUCGAAAACGAGCGGUGUAUCCAAGACAUCGGAGAGCAGAGACACCAUCACUGGACCUUCGGUGCAAGAAGAAGAAGAUCGUCAUCACCAUCCUACCGACAAGAAAAGCAUAGUAGAUGAAGAAAAGAGUCAUACAUCAAAAAUAUCUGUUUCUUCACUACUUGCAUAA